AUGAGGCCAAACGACACGUCCCACGGCUUGAGCAGUCCUAUUUCUACAAAUGACAUAGGUUCUGCCAAUGGGUCCCCUGACACCAAGCUUACAGCAUAUUCCCCAGAGGAUAUGCGAUCUAUAUGCCUUCGCUCUGACACCAGUGUUGGUGAUACACUGGGCGACAUUGGGGCACGGAAGUUAUACCUGGCAUCUGUCAGUGACAAGAUCAGGUCAUCCUCUGACCCCUUCCUGGCGUCGACUAACACCUCUACCCGUGUUCAACUCUCACCAACAGCGGCAAGCUUCACGCCAAUUGGCACGGCGGACAAUGCGUCAAUUAGAAGUAAAGCACCUUCACUGUCUCGAGGCUUUUCUGGCGCUGGCUAUCUAACAGCAAGCUCGGAUAUUGAUCCAUGCGAAGCUAGAAAUGGCCCUCUCCAGGCCUCGGACAGAUUUUCACUGAAAUAUGGAGUUAUAGGCAACAGUCAGGCUGAUACGAGGGACCAUCCGGUUAUCAGGGACUACGAGACAUUUGGCAGUGAAAGCCAUAGCCGAGCCCUGGUUAUUGAAAAUGUGCCGAAAAAUCUCACCUAUAUGUCCUUGGCUGGAUUUUUCAAUCGUCGUGAAUUCAGCUCCCUCAGAGGCCCCGUGCUCUCGGAACUCAGUUCCAUGGGAAAGGUCUAUGUCGCAUUCACGGACAGUCGGGAAGCGGCCAAGGCAAUAGAAAAGGUCAAGGUUCUCAGGCCCGAGUGGCACGUUUCUACGAUUGCCCCUAAAGAAUAUGUCAAGCAUGUUGAGCCCUCCCUUUUGCCACAAACUUCUAACUACGAGGGUCAACUGCUUGUGACCGUCUACUAUGACGGGAGAAACCCCAACCUCAAUCAGCACACUAUUGCUCGCUCACUUGAGACCCUCUCUAUGACAUUCGGCGACAUAAAGACUUUUGCAUCCCUACCAAUUGAGCAAGAGAAUAUUGGCGAAUUUCACAUUGAGUACUUCAACACGCGUGAUGCUGAUAAUGUUUUGACCACCCUUAAUGGGACAUCGGUUGAUGAUUGCAUCCUAGAUAUCUCUCUGUUCAGGCCAGAUAUGGAAGAGAGAAAGUGCGAGCUGCCAUUUAUGACUACAACGUCUUCAAGAGAGGAGUUCCCAUCAGCCGAGGAGACUUCUUUCACAAAGGCCACUUCGUGGACCUCAGUUCGACCAAGUCGUGCUUCUUUCAUGGAGCUAAGCCCUACUGGUCGCUCCACAGUCCCCCCAGGUGAACAUGCUAGUCUCAUAGACUGGAUGUCUAAGGCUGGUGAAAGAAUCUUCCCCUCCCCUCGCCGCGAACUUAGUCGCUAUCCUGAUUUACGCAUGGGCAGCCAAAAUGCAGUCGAUAUAGAGAGAAUACGUCUCGGCUUGGAUGUCAGAACGACGAUUAUGCUGCGCAACAUCCCUAAUAAAAUCGAUCAAGCUAUGCUCAAAGCUAUUGUGGAUGAGACAAGCCAUGGAAAGUAUGAUUUUAUGUACUUACGGAUAGUAUGGCUGCCAACCUAUGAAUCGCCGCCAAUGUCAGUAUCUGAUAAUGUCUCUGCCAGCGUCGGGUAUGCCUUUAUAAAUUUCGAAGAUCCAAUCGAUAUCAUUGAUUUUGUCAACGCAAGAGCGGGACGAACCUGGUAUGCUGAGACUGAAGGAAUUGUUUCAACAGUGACAAGGUGGCUGAAGUGUCUUAUGCAAGUUCGUGCUCGCUUAUCCCAAGCAGGCUAUGGAUUAUCUAAAACUCCAGGCUUAUUCUCGCAGAUUUUUCAGACCGGCACAGGUCCUCUCGCUGGCACCGAGGAUCGCUUUCCUGGACCAGACAACCCUUCGAAAAUGCGCCGCAGCAUUGAAAAUGCGGAACAUGUUGGACUCUUUGCUCCGCGCGUGGGUCAGCAGUACCGUGACGAGCAGCGCCGUCGCCGUUCUCAAUUUGAUCGUGGAACCACUGCAGCAGAGCGCGAAAUAGUAUAUGUCCGAACAUUCGCACCAAGACGUCCCUAUGGUGUCGGUAAUGGUCUAAGAAGUACCUCCUGUACUUAUCCUGGGAUGAAGAUGUGGCACGAUUCAGUGCACGAAAGCGGACCAUGA